AUGGAGAAAGUUGAAGGUCUCGUCGACCAAGCUCGCCAUCUUGCGCUCCAUGAGGGCAAGAGCGGACCCUCCGUCAAGUCAUUCCACUCUUCCGUGGACUCGCACCUGGAGAAAAUCCACAGUCUGGUCUCCAAGUCCGCCCCGACUGCGCAAUACUUUCUCACCACCAUUCAACAUGACUUGCCGGCUGCGGAUGCUGGGAAUAAGGAAACUGCAAGCGCUCUGGAGUCAGCAGAUGCCUUCCGUUCAUACAUGAAAAGUGCCGACUCGAAUGCACAGGGGCCAGCAAAGGAGCUGGAUCUCGCUGCACCCAUCUCUGAUUAUUUUAUCUCCUCAAGUCAUAACACGUACUUGACUGGUAAUCAGCUAUACAGUGAUGCCGCGGCCAGUGCAUACACAAAUGUGCUUCUGCGGGGUUGCCGCUCAGUUGAAAUUGAUGUCUGGGAUGGCGAGCUUGAAACCCCUGGGGCAAAUGAAGGGGAGACGAGCAGUUCCAGUAGUGACUCCAGUGACUCCAGUGACGAUGAAAAAGGGAGCCUCAAAGCUGCAAUCAAGGAAAAGGUCAAAUCUAAGAGGAACUCAUUGAGAGAGCCCACCAAAUCGAAGUUGGAAGCCCUACGCCAAAAAGCCGGCAAAGCCCCCCAGCAAGUAGCAGGGGAAAAUGCAUCGACCAGUCAAGUGCCAGUUCGAGGGGAGCCUCGAGUGCUACAUGGACAUACCCUCACUAAAGGCACUACAUUUCGCGAGAUUUGCUAUGCAAUCCGCGACAGCGCCUUUGUUGACAACGACCUUCCCAUCAUAGUCAGCUUUGAAGUACAUGCUUGUUUGGAACAGCAGCAGUUGAUGGUCGAUAUUAUGAAAGAGGCCUGGAAGGGGCUGCUGGUAGAACUUCCGCCGGGAUCAGAGCAGCAGAAACCUCCUACCUUGGGAGAUCUCAAAAGGAAAAUCUUGAUUAAAACGAAAACGAUACCCCCGACCAAUAUCACCGAGCCACCCGUGGAAGAGAAGCCCCCCAAGACUUCACAACAGACAGAUGAGAAGUCUGUCGAUUCGCAGCCCCCGAAGCCUUCUACGAUCCUCGAGGCUCUGAGUGAAAUGGCCAUCUAUACCAGGGCAUAUCAUUUCAGUAAUUUUGAUCAGCCAGAGGCGAAAGUCCCUUUCCAUAUCUUUUCGCUGUCCGAGAAGGCGGCCCGCGAUGCACACAUCAACCAUCGUGAAGCUCUAUUCGCCCAUAACCGUUCCAACCUGAUGCGCAUCUACCCCUUCGCAUUGCGCGUUUCCUCCUCUAAUCCCGACCCGCCCUUCUACUGGCGACGGGGAGCUCAGUUGGUAUCCCUGAACUGGCAGAACCUGGAUAAAGGCAUGAUGCUCAACACUGGCAUGUUCAGCGGAACCCAUGGUUGGGAACUGAAGCCCACUGGUUACCGAAGCACCGAGCCUGCUUCCACUGUUGCUAAAAGGCAAACACUUGACCUGACCAUCGAAGUUUUUGCAGCCCAAGACUUGGCCUUGCCGCCUGGUGAUCACCGGGAGAAAGGAUUCCGACCCUAUCUGAACUGCCAACUGCAUGUCGAAGAGCCGGACAGUGAAGCUACCACGGGCCAAGAGGAUAUCAGUUCCGACUCUGAGAAGAGCAGCUACAAACGAUGCACCAAGAGUGCGUCAGGAAAGAAUCCGGAUUUUGGAGCUCAAAGGCUCGUUUUCGCAACAGUGACGGGCAUUGUGGAGGAAUUGAGCUUUAUUCGGUUCAAAAUUAAGGACGAUGAGAUUGGUCGUGACGAAUUGGCCGCGUGGACUUGCAUCCGGCUCGAUCGCCUGCGUGAAGGCUAUCGAUUGGUUCAUCUUCACGACUGCACCGGGGAGAAGACCGGCGGAGUACUGCUGGUCAACAUCAUGAAGCGCUUCUCUUAG